UGUGUGUGCUGGUCUAAGAAGGGUGGUGUAGCCUGGUGGUGAUGCGGCUUAUGGCUUACACGACGCCAUGAUAUCAACUCAUCUUAUGCCACCACCGCCCUUGGAAACCCUAAGGAGCACGACACCCGCACCACCACCACCACCACCACCAUCAUCCCCAUCCCCUUACUCCCCCGUCAACAAGCCCCCGACGCCGCCGUUUCCAACAUGCCUCUCCCAGCAGCAGCCCCAGAACAACAACAGCAACAACAACAACAUCGAGGUCCAGCUCCCGCCCCUUGUCGCGGGCGCCCUCGUCGCCUCCUUCGCAAGGACCCUCGCCGACGGCCUGGGCAGCGGCAGCGAGCUCCUGCUCGCGCACUACUACGUCCCGCACCACCGCAGGCUCCGGCCCAACCUCGACAUCGUCGUGGACCGCCUGAUGGCCGCCUUUGCGAGGCAGCUCUGGGACGAGCUGUUCCGGUUCUACCACGACGCGGACCAGCAGCCCUCGGGGGGAAGGAGGAGCAGCCAGCUCUCGCGGCAGGUCGAGCUGCUGUUUCAGGGGCCCGUCAGGCAGCUCGUGCUCAUACUCAACGGCCCGGAGGCGGCGCGCUGCGUGCUCGACGAGCUGGGCCCGGGGCUGUCGAGGCGGCCUCUGACGUGGGCGAGCAACGACGCCCGGGGCAUCGACCUCGAGCUGGCGCUGCAGCUGCUGUGCGGCUUCUGGCACCGUGCGUUUCCGGAGCUGUCCCCGGGUGGUUCGCCGGAGCAGAUUGCGCGUGCGCUGCACACGCUCGUCACGACGGGGGAUGCCGCGAGGUCGCUCGUGGACGAGAUGAGGCGGCUGCUCCUGUCGCCGCACCACGUCCAGAUGCACUUUGCCGAGUCGGCCAUCUGGGACAUCGUCCUGAAGAGGCCCGGGAGGCCCCCCGCGGACGGGUUCCACAUCGUGCAGUUCAAGUACGAGUGCCAGCUGCUGAACCCGCUGGGGGGCUUCGGCGAUCUCGCGUACAUCCGCCUGGCGUCCCUGCCGGUGGUGACGGGGACGGCGGCCGAGCACGUCUGCGUGAUGACGGUGGCGGAGUACACCGAGCGGCAGUGGCCCAGGUGCGGCCCCGUCGUGCUGGGGUGCCUCGACGAGGCGCUCUUCAACGCGGCCUCGUCGCUCCUCCAGGGGGAGGCCUUCUCGGGCAUGUCCGUCUGGGACGGCAGCGACGGCAGGGGCGCGCGGUGUCCGGGCCUGCGGUUCGUCCACGUCGAGACGGAGGGCUCGUGGAUCCGGAUGAGCGUCAGCGCGAGGCCUCACACCCUCGUCGACGUCUUCCAGCACAUGUCGUGGUUCUGCGCGGCGGUGAGCGCGUCGCCGUUUCCCGGCGUCGUGGCUGAGAGCGCGACGGAGGUGUCGGAUUGGGCCUACGUGGACGGCAACGUCUAUGUGAGCUGUAGCCUGAGCCACAGUCCUGUCCCGGAGGCGGAUGGCUUGCCGUGGCUGCGGAGUUUGCCGCGGAGCGCGAUUGCGAGCGGGUUUCCUGUGGAUGGGGCUCCUUGUUCUUCUUCUUCUUCGGACGUGGUGAUGUGAUUUGUGCGUGGUGUUGAAUUGGUACAUGAGAUAUCUUCUAGAUAGGAGUUUAUG